UCUAUUUCGUUUACGAUUUCGCUCUAUGCAACAGCUGAUAGCGGGAAAAGUCUUGUGAGCAUUUGAAAAUAAUGGAGUUGAUGGCAAGUGGGAAAGUGGAGACUGCUCCACAGGCUGCUUCUCUCCGACUAGAGGACACUGCACUGCGUCAUAAAAUACGCGAGUAUGCCAAGCACCAGCGAAAAGACUUGCGCACAAAUGCAACAGAUGCUCUACGCUUUGGAUUGGGACAAAUCCGAGAUGAGAUACGAGAAUUGGAAAAUCUGAGCGUUAAAGAUGUCCAUGGCUUGGCGGGUCGCAUCAAGCGGCGCAAACAUGCCACCACCGAAGACAUGUAUCGCCUGAGUCACGCCUUUCUUCAGAGCAACGACAAUAUUAACGCAUUUGCCGCCACUCAAGGAGCCGCUCAGGUGAUUGUCAAGGAAUUGACGGGUGCCAACGUCCAACGGCAAAUUGAUGCUGCCGAAUGCUUGUGCAACCUCUCGCUGGGCGAAGCGCAUGUUUGCGAAAAGAUCACGACGCUGGCUGGAAGUUAUUUGGUCACCUAUUUAAACAGUCAGGAGUCGCGUCUGAAACGCAGCUGCCUGUGGACAUUGGCCAACAUCUUAGCCAGCUGUCAGAAGUCGGCGAAAACAUUGCUCCAAAUGCAGCUGGCCACCAAGCUGUGGAAGCUGUACACAAACGAUGCCCAGGAUUACGCUGAAGAUGCGGGCAUCUGUCUGCACUUGAUUGCUACACAUGCUGGAAGCUUGUUGCCUGCUGAGGAUCGUCGUUACAUUGCCGAGCAUCUGCAUGAGAAGCAGCCAAGGCAACCAGGUGGAGAGUACUACAUGUACAUUGUCUUCCAACUGGAUCUUGUUGGCUUGGAGUCGAAGCUUUGUGCGUCAAAACUUCAGCAUUUCAUUGAGUUCUUUUUGAGCUCUUCAGAGUUGGACUACAAUAACUUAAAGCAGCAAUUGCAAAUUGUUUAUGGAGUGCAAGUGCUCUCCAACAUCUUUGCAACACUUUCUUCAAUUGAAUUGAAGCAACAGCUGGAUAUAGAGAACCUUAUCAAUGCCUUAAACAAACUAUUUGUUCUGGGCAAUGCGAGUCUGACAAAGAUUCUGCUGCAACUGUUGAGAAAUCUUAUGAAUUUAAAUGUGUUCAACAAGGAACAGCUGCUGGGGCAGUUAAGAGUCUACGAUUGUCCAAUUAGUGUUUAAUAUAAUUGAAAUCUUAGUAGAGAAUUUGAAAAAUUUUAAGAGCAUGAAAGUUGAAAAAGAAAUUGUAUUUUGAAUACUUAUAUUGUAAAUACUUAAGAUGCAAAUUGUAUUUUUGAACUGAAAAUAAAAUGUUAACACUGUAAA